AUGGUGGACCACCGUGUCAGACUCAACAAGAUGUGCGCUGCAAGGCUAAUUAUGUAAAGCAAACAGGAAUAACUAGAGCAGUCCUGUUUCUUCCAGUAUGAUGACGCACACACACACACGUAAAUUCUGUCUUGGCACUGCUGCUUUUACCCGUAUCUAAGUGAUUGCAUUGUCUCCAUGGAAGAAUAGUGCAGUGCCGUGUGAUCAUGUGACUGACAGGCAACAAGGCAUAUCCACAGAGUAAAGCACACAAGCCCAGCACAGAUUUUAAAUAUGCAAGUGGUAUGGCAAAGCCAGAAUCCCCAGGCACGAUGUGUAUAAAAACGUGUCAAUGUUUCUCUCCUGACACAGCAAAGGUCCAGCACCCCGUCAAAGCUCCACCAUCUUAUCCACCAUCCAUAGAUGAGGUCCCCGAAGGGCCGUAGAGGAAGGGUUAGCCACGACCCAGUUCUCCAGUCAGUAAUCUAUAUCUAUCUUUCCUCGUAUUCCUCAGUGAAGGCUCCUACCCUUAUGACCCUGUGUCCUGGCAGCAAGGCAGCAAUCAGCCGGCAGGCUCCUUGUCUGUGGUAACUACUGUGUGGGGGGUGACCAAUCCUUCACCCAGCCAGGUAUGAAUGGACCCGUGACUCCAUGAAAGCAAACAUUAUGGUUGCAUCCCAAUGUAGUGCACUUCUUUUGACCAGGGCCCAUAGCACCCUAUUCCCUAUGUGGUGCACUACCCAAAGGGCACCCUAUUUCCUAUGUAGAGCACUACUUUUGCCAAAGGCCCUGAUCAAAAGUAGUGCACUACAUAGGGAAUAGGGUGCCAUUUGGGACGCGUGCUACAGCUGCAAUACAAUGUCACCCUAUCUUUCCUCCGCUUCCACCACAGGGCGAUAGAUCAAUAUUCCAAUACAAUAAUUAUCCUGUAUUGUAACUAGGUUAAUAGUGAUUCAACUCAUAACACUCGUCUGUUUGUUUCUCCUCCCCCUCUCAGGGCCUGGGUGGGAACCCGAUGGGUCCAGGUGGGAACUCUGGCAGGGGCCACAUGAUUCGCGGCAACAUCCCUGGGAUGGGCCAGCAGUUUAUGAGUCAACAGGGAUACCCAGAGCCCAACAAGGCCUACAUGCAUCAGGGCAUGUACGGCAGGGGCAACGGGGGCUACCCAGCUGGACCUGGCUACGGGGGAAGGUAAGCAUCAGACAGGCAGACACAGCCCCCGGUGACACUGUAAUCACUAUGCACCAUACUUUUUUGAAUAGCUGGAACCAUUCCCUUUGAGCACAGGGACAUGAGUACAAACCAAAACAGAAUGAAUUGGCUGUCAGUCAUACACUACCAGUCAAAAGUUUGGACACACCUACUCAUUCAUGGGUUUUUCUUUAUUUUUACUGUUUUACAUUGUAGAAUAAUAGUGAAGACAUCAAAACUAUGAAAUAACACAUGGAAUCAUGUAGUAACCAAAAAAGUGUUAAACAAAUCAAAAUUAUGUUAUAUUUGAGAUUCUUCAAAUAGCCACCCUUUGCCUUGAUGACAGCUUUGCACACUCUUGGCAAUUCUCUCAACCAGCUUCACCUGAAUGCUUUUCCAACAGUCUUGAAGGAGUUCCCACAUAUGCUGAGCACUUGUUGGCUGCUUUUCCUUCACUCUGCUGUCCGACUCAUCCCAAACCAUCUCAAUUUGGUUGAGGUCGGGGGAUUGUGGGGGCCAGGUCAUCUGAUGCAGCACUCCAUCACUUUCCUUCUUAGUAAAAUAGCCCUUACACAGCCUGGAGGUGUGUUGGGUCAUUGUCCUGUUGAAAAUUCUAAAUUGAAUUCUAAAUAAAUCACUGACAGUGUCACCAGCAAAGCACCCCCACACCAUAACACCUCCAGCCCUUAAUGCUUUAUGGUGGGAAAUACAUAUGCGGAGAUCAUCCGUUCACCCACACCACGUCUCACAAAAACAGAGGUUUGAACCAAAAAUCUCAAAUUUGGACUCCAGACCAAAGGACAAAUUUCCACCGGUCUAAUGUCCAUUGCUCGUGUUUCUUGGCCCAAGCAGGUCUCUUCUUCUUAUUGGUGUCCUUUAGUAGUGGUUUCUUUGCAACAAUUCGAACAUGAAGGCCUGAUUCACACAGUCCCCUCUGAACAGUUCAUGUUGAGAUGUGUCUGUUAGUUGAACUCUGAAGCAUUUAUUUGGGCUGCAAUUUCUGAGGCUGGUAACUCUAAUGAACUUAUCCUCUGCAGCAGAGGUAACUCUGGGUCUUCCUUUCCUGUGGCGGACCUCAUGAGAGCCAGUUUCAACAUAGCGCUUGAUUGUUUUGCGACUGCACUUGAAGAAACUUUCAAAGUUCUUGAAAUUUUCCGGAUUGACUGACCUUCAUGUCUUAAAGUAAUGAUGGACUGUCAUUUCUCUUUGCUUAUUUGAGCGGUUCUUGUCAUAAUAUGGACUUGGUCUAUCUUCUGUAUACCCCCCCAACCUUGUCACAACACAACUGAUUGGCUCAAACGGAUUAAGAAGGAAAUACAUUUCACAAAUUAACUUUUAAGAAGGCACACCUGUUAAUUGAAAUGCAUUCCAUGGGACUACCUCAUGAAGCUGGUUGAGAGAAUGCCAAGAGUGUGCAAAGCUAUCAUCAAGGCAAAGGGAGGCUAUUUGAAGAAUCUCAAAUAUAAAAUAUUUUUUGAUUUGUGUAACACUUUUUUGGUUACUACAUGAUUCCAUGUGUUAUUUCAUAGUUUCGAUGUCUUCACUAUUAUUCUACAAUGUAAAAAAUAGUCAAAAUAAUGAAAAACCCUUGAAUGAGUAGGCGUGUCCAAACUUUUGACUGGUACUGUAAAUGUUGUAUAGUAGUCCUCCAAUAGUCUUUGUUUUGAUCACGCGGACUGGGAUAUGUUCCGGGUUGCCUCUGAGAAUAACAUUGACCUAUACACUGACACAGUGACUGAGUUCAUCAGGAAGUGUAUAGGGAAUGUUGUUCCCACUGUGACGAUUAAAACCUAUCCAAAACCAAAAACCGUGGAUAGAUGGCAGCAUUCGCGCAGAACUGAAAGCGCGAAUCACCGCAUUUAACCAGUCCAGUUAUGCCCUCCGUAAGGCAAUCAAACAGGCAAAACAUCAGUACAGAGACUAUAGGAUAGGUUUUAAAGACAGAGACAAAGUGGAGUCGCAAUUCAAUUUGAUUUUUAAAUAGUGAAGACGAUGAUGGUUUCUGUUUGCAUGCAACAGCUUAUUGUUUUACAGGGGGAAAAUGUACCUGUUUGUGAAAUACUGUAUUUUCAGCUUGCCCUAUUUUGAAGCAACCUUUUCUCUGCCCCCUCAGUUACCCCAAUAACGGAGGGGGGUCUAUGGGCAUGCCCCCUCACAGCAUCCACCCUCAAACCGACUUCACACAGGCGGCGGUGGCAGCAGUGGCCACAGCGGCUGCCACAGCAACGGCCACUGCCACGGCAACAGUUGCUGCCAUCCAGGAGAAGCAGAACCAGGAGAUGAAUUAUGGCCAGGUAAGGAGGGAGGGCAGCCAUGUUAGUACAUGCUCUAGGGUGAAGUUUCCCCUAGGUACAGAUUUAGGAUCAGCUUCCCCCAAAUCCUGACCGUAACCAUUAUUGGGGGAAAUGCAACACUGACCCAAGAUCAGCAUCUAGGGGCAACUUCACCCUACACCGUAGUGCAUACUGUUUGUAGUAGGACAUUAUCUUCUCAGGAUGACCACAAGCCAGGGUUUGAGACACAUACGCCUUAAGGGAGUUGCCUGCCAGACCCAUGUAUUGUGCUAAAUAAUCCUACGAAAAUGGUGGCCUCUCUGUGGGUCAGUGUGGAUACUGCACCCCCUGCUGGUGGUAGGAGUUAGUGGCUUUUGUCAUGUUAAACUGAGGGAAGUUAUUUGACUUUGCAACACUGCUCCUUUAUUAGGGACAUCACUCAACAUGGACUGUAUUUAUACAUUAUUAUAACCAUGUAACCAAGAGAAAACAUAGAACAGAGAACAUCGAAGUGACAACUGUUUGUGACAUCUCAAACUUGACAUCCCCCAUGUCAUGCCCACACUAACCUAGAGUACUUUUCAGAUGGGUGGUGGUGUGGACUACAACAGCCAGUUCAUGCAACACCUGGGCACCAGGGGUCCCCUUGGCAUGUCUCCGGCAGGUAUGGGUCCCGCUCGUCCCCCGUCCAUGGGGCCCAUGUACGGGGCCCCUCAGGUCCAGAGGAUGCCUCAGCAUCCAGGCUACACCGGGGCUCAGCAGGGACCCCCCAGGCCGCAGCAGGGACUCAAACGCCCAUACAGCGCUGAGGUGAGUGUCUCACGGCGAAGGACCUCACCUACUUUUAAUGCAAACCUUUUGUAGACUGACAGCCAUAAGUUGAAAAUAUACCGUGUGAAUUAUAAUACUAUGUUAACACCAACAUAGUAAAUCCAUAGUAAUAUUUCAUUUUAUUGAGCUUGAGCUUGUGUUAAUAUUGACUUUGCCGUAAUGUAGUUUGUGGUUACACUAUCCAACAUGACCAACAUGGGCCAUUCUCUUAUAAUAGCAAGGUAUUCCUUCACAUUUUUAGUAAUCGCUAGUCUCUAAUAAACGCUGGAUAUUAAGUGUAGCCUAAUUUCAUGAGCCUAAAACUCAAGUAAGCUCAACUUUCUUAUUUGGUGAGGUUUAGCUCAGUAAUGUUAUAGCUUUAAUUUGUUUGUAUCCUUAUCAUACCACAAAUGUAUUGUGUGCCCAGAUUUGUUUUGAGGUCAACAUAUAUGCUUCCAAUUUUGCACUCUCUGUGUCCCUCCCUCAGGGGUUUCCCGGGCAGCAGUAUGGUCCAGGCAUGGUGGGCCCUGGCCCUGCUCCUGGUCAGAGCCCCUAUCCUGGGCAGCCCAUGCAGUACCACGGCGGUCCGGGGCCCCAGCGCCCAGACACCUCCCCAUCCUACCAAGGCCACAAGAUGCCAAUCCAGCAGGGCAACAUGGGCCAGUACCCGUCGGGACCAGCCAACCCAGGACAGGAGAACAAGGUAACGCUUCCUACGCUGUCCAGUGUUCACCAUCUGUUGACCCCCUAUUCCUGUCUGUCUGUUUCACAGCCUGGUGGCCUGUGCUGUAUGCACACUCACUAUGUGUGUGUAUUGAUGUUAACUGGAGUCCUGAGGACAAAUCAGUCUUGUUGUGUGCUUUGCCAUUCAGUCGGAACAGUUCAACGGGCAGGGCAACACUCUGAAUGCGAACGGGGGAGCUUACAACACCUUCAACCAGGCUGCAGUCAAUAGGGUGAGAGAAAGAGACACACACACACACACACACACACACACACACACAGCUCAUUCUACCUUCAUCAUGUAUUUGUGUAACCUGGUGUCAGAUCUGGUUGUGCAGACUCUCCAAUGACCAUAGGAGUUGGCAAGACAUCACAAACAGAUCUGCGGAGAUAUCGUGGACAUACAGUUGAAGUCGGACGUUUAUAUACACCUUAGCCAAAUACAUUUAAACUCAGUUUUUCACAAUUCCUGAUAUUUAAUCCUAGUAAAGAUUCCCUGUCUUAGGUCAGUUAGGACCACCACUUUAUUUUAAAAAAUGUGAAAUGUCAGAAUAAUAGUAGAGAGAAUGAUUUAUUUCAACUUUUAUUUAUUUCAUCACAUUCCCAGUGGGUCAGAAGUUUACAUACGCUCAAUUAGUAUUUGGUAGCAUUGCUUUUAAAUUGUUUAACUUGGGACAAAUGUUUCGGGUAGCCUUCCACAAGCUUCCCACAAUAAGUUGGGUGAAUUUUGGCCCAUUCCUCCUGACAGAGCUGGUGUAACUGACUCAGGUUUAUAGGUCUCCUUGCUCGCACACACUUUUUCAGUUCUGCCCACAAAUUUUCCAUAGGAUUGAGGUCAGGGCUUUGUGAUGGCCACUCCAAUACCUUGACUUUGUUGUCCUUAAGCCAUUUUGCCACAACUUUGGAAGUAUGCUUGGGGUCAUUGUCCAUUUGGAAGACCCAUUUGCGAGUAAGCUUUAACUUCCUGACUGAUGUCUUGAGAUGUUGCUUCAAUAUAUCCACAUAAUUUUCCUUCCUCAUGAUGCCAUCUAUUUUGUGAAGAGCACCAGUCCCUCCUGCAGCAAAGCACCCCCAUAGCAUGAUGCUGCCACCCCUGUGCUUCACGGUUGGGAUGGUGUUCUUCAGCUUGCAAGCUUCCCCUUUUUUCCUCUAAACAUAACAAUGGUCAUUAUGGCCAAACAGUUCUAUUUUUGUUUCAUCAGACCAGAGGAAAUUUUUCCAAAAAGUAUGAUCUUUGUCCCCAUGUGCAGUUGCAAAUCGUAGUCUGGCUUUUUUAUGGCAGUUUUGGAGCAGUGGCUUCUUCCUUGCUGAGCGGCCUUUCAGGUUAUGUCGAUAUAGGACUCGUUUUACUGUGGAUAUAGAUACUUUUUUACCUGUUUCCUCCAGCAUCUUCACAAGGUCUUUUGCUGCUGUUCUGGGAUUGAUUUGCACUUUUCGCACCAAAGUACUUUCAUCUCUAGGAGACAGAACGCGUGUCCUUCCUGAGCGGUAUGACGGCUGCGUGGUCACAUGGUGUUUAUACUUGCGUACUAUUGUUUGUACAGAUGAACGUGGUACCUUCAGGCGUUUGGAAAUUGCUCACAAGGAUGAACGAGGUCUACAAUUUUCUUUUUGAGGUCUUGGCUGAUUUCUUUUGAUUUUCCCAUGAUGUCAAGCAAAGAGGCACUGAGUUUGAAGGUAGGCCUUGAAAUACAUCCACAGGUACACCUCCAAUUGAUUCAAAUGAUGUCAAUUAGCCUAUCAGAAGCUUCUAAAGCCAUGACAUAAUUUUCUGGAAUUUUCCCAGCUGUUUAAAGGCACAGUCUACUUAGUGUAUGUAAAAUUCUGACCCACUGGAAUUGUGAUACAGUGAAUUAUAAGUGAAAUAAUCUGUCUGUAAACAAUUGUUGGAAAAAUUACUAGUUUGUUAACAAGACAUUUGUGGAGUGGUUGAAAAACUAGUUUUAAUGACUCUAACCUAAGUGUAUGUAAACUUCCGACUUCAACUGUAGGUCUGGGUGCCUUGUAAGGAACCGACGGCGAGCGAGUAAACUGCCUCUUCCAUCAAUCCUAUUAGCCAAUGUUCAAUCAUUUGCCAGCUUGUCCUACCAACGGGACAUAAAAAACUGUAAUAUCUUAUGUUUCACCAAGUCGUGGCUGAACGACGACAUGGACAACAUACAGCUGGCGGGAUAUACGCUACAUUUGCUGGAUAGAACAGCUGACUCCCGUAAGACAAGGGGUGGCGGUCUGUGCAUAUUUGUAAACAACAGCUGCUGCAUAAAAUAUAAUACUAAGGAAGUCUCGAGGUUUUGCACGCCUGAGGUAGAGUAUCUCAUGAUAAGCUGUAGACCACACUAUUUAUCAUCUAUAUUUUUCGUAGCUGUCUAUUUACCACCACAAACCGAUGCUGGCACUAAGAUUGCACUCAAUGAGCUGUAUAAGGCCAUAAGCAAACAGGAAAAUGCUCAUCCAGAGGCAGCGCUCCUAGUGGCCGGGGACUUUAAUGCAGGGAAACUUAAAUCAGUUCUACCUAAUUUCUACCAGCAUGUUAAAUGUGCAACCAGAGGAUAAAAAACUAUAUCCUCCUGAUUCCUGCUUAUAAGCAAAAACUAAAGUAGGAAGCACCAGUGACUUGGUUAAUAAGGAAGUGGUCAGAUGACGCAGAUGCUAAGCUACAGGACUGUUUUGCUAGCACAGACUGGAAUAUGUUCCGGCAUUCUUCCGAUAGCAUUGAGGAGUACACCACAUCAGUCACUGGCUUCAUCAAUAAGUGCAUCGAUGACGUCGGCCCCACAGUGACCGUACGUACAUACCCCAACCAGAAGCCAUGGAUUACAGGCAACAUCCACACUGAGCUAAAGGGUAGAGCUGCCGCUUUCAAGGAGCAGGACUCUAACACGUAUAAGAAAUCCCGCUAUGCCCUCUGACGAACCAUCAAACAGGCAAAGAGUCAAUACAGGAUUAAGAUUGAAUCGUACUACCCCAGCUCCGAUGCUGGUCGGAUGUGGCAGGGCUUGAAAACUAUUACAGACUACAAAGGGAAGCACAGCCGUGAGCUGCCCAGUGACGCAAGCCUACCAGACGAGCUAAAUCACUUCUAUGCUCACGUCGAGGCAAGCAACACUGAAGCAUGCAUGAGAGCAUCAGCUGUUCCGGAUGACUAUGUGAUCACGCUCUCCGUAGCCGAUGUGAGUAAGACUUUUAAGCAGGUCAACAUUCACAAGGCCGCAGGGCCAGACGAAUUACCAGGACGUGUACUCCGAGCAUGCGCUGACCAACUUGCAAGUGUCUUCACUGACAUGUCCCUGACUGAGUCUGUAACAUAUUUUUUACUUAACAUUUUAUUUUGUAUUUUCUUAAAACUGCAUUGUUGGUUAAGGGCUUGUAAGUAAGCAUUUCACUGUAAGGUCUACACCUGUUGUAUUCGGCGCAUGUGGCAAAUAAAAUUUGAUUUGAUUUGACCAGACUCAUCUUUGGGUGUAGAGAUGUUGACCUAUUCCUAACCCUGCUCUCCUUGUCUUUGUGUCCCAGCUUGGCAGGCCAAUGCCUGGUUAUCCAAGCUCUCCCCUUCCUGGAAACCCAACCCCUCCCAUAACCCCGGGGAGUGCAGUGCCCCCCUACAUAUCCCCUGGCCAUGACGUCAAGCCCUCCUUCCUGCCUGACAUCAAACCAAACAUGAACUCCCUACCGCCACCACCCCCCACAGGUAAACCCCAACAUGACUCAUGCACACACACAUAAUUUGCUUUGGAAAUUCCCUGUCUCUCAGUGUAGUCUUUGGUUUCACAGUUUUAUCUCCAGAAAACAGAGACCAGUGUUGUGUGUUUGGACGGUCUAACAAUGAGACAUGAUGACUGAUUGAUUGCGCCUGGAACUCCACAGGUAACCCUAGCAAUGACCUGCGGCUGACCUUCCCUGUACGAGACGGCGUGGUGCUGGAGCCUUUCCGCCUGGAGCACAACCUGGCCGUCAGCAACCACGUCUUCCAGCUGCGCGACUCUGUUUACAAGACCCUCAUGAUGAGGUCCAAGCUCCUCUGCCCUGCAUUUAAUAUACUGUAAUGUACUAUGCUAUGCUGUACUAAACUACUAUAGAGAUUAUUUGGCUCGUGUGUGUGUGAGGGUUUCCAUUAGCCGGUAAUAGCCAGCUUUUGUCAGAGGAAAAUAUUUAAUUAGCGCCGGCCAAUUGUCCAGGAGAAGAAGAAAAAAUCCCAUUGCGAAAUAAUGCUUUUGAGCCUAUUCAUUAAUGGAAAUACCAGUUGAUUUAAAUAGCCUAUAUUUGACUGGUCAUUCUUAUCAGUCUAUAGGUUAAUUUGCAUAAUUUAGUGGAAUUAAAUUGCUGCAUGUAUAUUCAGUAUAUUCGUUAUGCAUCAUAUUUAUCACACGAGUACACCAUACAGAUACAGAACCUUUACGUGGAAAAUCUGUCAGACGGCACGAGAGCUGCUGCUACAGCAUCUCAAACAGCAAAUGCAUAGACAACGGAAGGCAGGCUUCAGCUCACUUUGUAAUGAGCUGGAGGCAGUAUGCAUUUUGAAAACAUAUACUUAAUUGUUUGAAACCUAAACGUUUUACUACAUAUUAUGAGGCAUGUCUUACCUUGCUUCAAAGUAUCCUAGCCAAAAUCAGACCAUAUCCAUGGAGGCAAUGGCCAAAAGGAUGUGACGUCUGCUGAUGUAAAAAGGGCUUUAUAAAUACAUUUGAUUGAUUGAUUGAUUGAUGGAUGUGGACACCCCUUCAAAUUAGUGGAUUCAGCUAUUUCAGCCACAUCCGUUGCUGACAGGUGUAUAAAAUCAAGCGCACAGCCUGCAAUCUCCACAGACAAACAUUGGCAGUAGAAUGGCCCAUACUGAAGAGCUCAGUGACUUUUUAAUGUGGCACCUUCAUAGGAUGCCACCUUUCCAACAAGUCAGUUUGUCAAAUUUCUGCCAUGCUACAGCUGCCCCGGUCAACUGUAAGUGCUGUUACUGUGAAGUGGAAACAUCUAGGAGCAACAACGGCUCAGCAGCGAAGUGGUAGGCUACACAGAACAGGACCGCCGAGUGCUGAAGCGCGUAGCGUGUACAAAUUGUCUGUCCUUGGUUGCAACACUCACUACCGAGUUCCAAACUGCCUCUGGAAGCAACGUCAGCACAAGAACUGUUCGUUGGGAGCUUCAUGAAAUGGGUUUCCAUGGCCGAGCAGCCGCACUCAAGCCUAAGAUCACCAUGCGCAAUGCCAAACAUCGGCUGGAGUGGUGUAAAGCUCGCCACCAUUGGACUCUGGAGCAGUGGAAACGCGUUUUCUGGAGUGAUGAAUCACGCUUCACCAUCUGGCAGUCCGACGGACGAAUAUGGGUUUUGGCGGAUGCCAGGAGAACGCUACCUGCCCAAAUGCAUAGUGCCAACUGUAGAGUUAGGGGGAGGAGGAUAAUGGUUCGGGCUAGGCCCCUUAGUUCCAGUGAAGGGAAAUCUUAACACUACAGCAUACAAUGACAUUCGAGAUGAUUCUGUGCUUCCAACUUUGUGGCAACAGCUUGGGGAAAGCCCUUUCCUGUUUCAGCAUGACAAUGCCCCCGUGCACAAAGCGAGGUCCAUACAGAAAUGGUUUGUCGAGAUUGGUGUGGAAGAACUUGACUGGCCUGCACCGAGCCCUGACCUCAACCCCAUCGAACACCUUUGGGAUGAAUUGGAACGCCGACUGCGAGCCAGGCCUAAUCGCCCAACAUCAGUACCCAACCUCACUAAUGCUCUUGUGGCUGAAUGGAAGCGAGUCCCCGCAGCAAUGUUCCAAUAUCUAAUGGAAAGCCUUCCCAGAAGAUUGGAGGCUGUUAUAGCAGCAAAGAAGGGACCAACUCCAUAUUAUUGCCCAUGAUUUUGGAAUGAGAUGUUCAGUCCACACACUUUUGGCCAUGCAGUGUAAUUAAUAUCAACUUUCUUUCGUUGUUCAGCAGCCAAAGGCACAAUCCUAGUCAUAAGCUAACCAAUGCUAGGUGUUGCAUAUUAGGUCUUUCCUCUAUCUAAAUUUCUAAUGGAUAUUUUAUCUCUGGCACAUGAAAACUGUGUUUUCCCACUAAGUGCAUUAUGGAACAAACAUUUGCGCGUAGCCUGCUGCCUUGUGCACAUUGCUGCGCUUAUAACGUGAAUAAAUAAUAGUUUAUCAACAUUUUAUGCUAAACGUCCUGAUCUGUUGCUUUUUAACAAGUGGUUGUAUGAAUUUGGGAUCUAUUGUCCCACAACUGUCCCAGAGUCUGUUUGGAAUAGGCAAUUUCUUUCUUGAUAAGUUGGCCAAUAGAUUAGGUAAACUUUUGUAAUAUGGGGGAUAAUAGAUUGACAUAGGCUAGUGAUUUUGCUGUUUGUUACUCGUCUAGUUGGCUGAGGAAAAGUAAAUGUGGACAGUUAACAUCUUCAAAGUGCGGAUCAGAAUUUGGUAAGAAGGACCGCACAUUGUUGCAUCCUCGACUUUCAUGUUCUGUUUAUAUGAAUUACCGUGAUUUCUGUCAUUCUGUCUGGUGCCACAUUUUCCUAACGGAAACCCUGAUGUGUGUGUAACCAUACGCAGGCCUGACCUGGAGCUCCAGUUUAAGUGUUACCACCACGAGGACCUUCAGAUGAACACCAACUGGCCAGUGUCAGUGCAAGUGAGCGUCAACGCCACGCCCCUCACCAUCCAGCGCGGCGACAAUAAGACUUCCCACAAGCCCCUGUACCUGAAGCAAGUGUGCCAGCCUGGGAGGAACACCAUACAGAUCACUGUCACCGCCUGCUGCUGUGUGAGUGUCCUGCAACCACGCUCGCGCACACACACACCUCCGUUGAAUGGAGUCUCACCAUUGUAACCACCAUUGCAAGUGUCACGUCACAUCAAACCUGUAGCCCUCUAUAUACAGACAAGUGUUCACUAUUGCAAUGGUAAUUUCUAAUCCUAAACAUCUUUCCAUCUCUUUUUCUCCUUCUCUCUACCUCCCUCCCCCUCUCUACCUGCAGUCUCACCUGUUUGUGCUCCAGCUGGUCCACCAGCCGUCAGUGCACUCAGUGCUGCAGGGUUUGAUGAAGAAGAGGCUGUUGCCACCGGAACACUGUGUUACUAAGAGUGAGUAG